UGGAAGAGGAAGGCAGGUCGGCACGAUCGAGCACACGAGAAGUCGCGCAGUUGUGAUACGAUUGUACAGUGGUGCGCGUGCGUGAAAAAUACCCAAGUAAUUUUCAGUUUUAAUCGACAAUUUAAAAGUUUCCAAAACUCCAGUCCGUCAACACUGCCUAUGGUUAAUAAUCACAAGUGAAUAUCCAUUAAGAAAAACUCACCAAGUGCGACAGAGGGACAAAUUGGCCCUUCGUCUCUGUCGCUCGACUCUCCAUAUCCAACGAUUUCGGCUUCGCCUUUGCGAAUCGCAGGAAGGAUAGAUCGCACGUACAGACAACUAUCACAUACUCCGCGCUGGACGAGUGGUAUUUGCAACACCCAGCGGGCUAAGUGUAUUAUUUUUCUUCUUGGGACGGGCGUAUUACCAUUCUCGAGUCACGUUAGAGCAAUUGACCACUAUUGGAAACACGGUUUUUUCUUAAAUAAUCCCUCAGAGGAGUUUUUUCUGCGGUUCUGAGUAUCAUUCUGUUACAAAUAUGUGUGAUAAUACCAAUACCACCACUCAGAGUAUAGCGGACUAUCUGUCACAAUUGCUGAAAGACAGGAAGCAGCUCGCCGCUUUUCCCAAUGUCUUCAUACAUGUGGAGAGACUGCUGGAUGAAGAAAUUGCAAAGGUUCGGGCAAGUCUAUUUCAAAUCAGUGGUGUAAAAAAGGAGCCUCUGACGUUACCAGACCCAGAAGGUGAUGUCGUCACACUAACGGAAAAGGUCUACGUGCCAGUAAAAGAACACCCCGAUUUUAAUUUCGUUGGAAGGAUUUUGGGGCCACGUGGAAUGACAGCGAAACAACUUGAACAAGAGACAGGAUGUAAAAUAAUGGUGCGAGGCAAGGGCUCGAUGAGGGAUAAAAAGAAGGAGGAGCAGAACCGGGGAAAACCAAAUUGGGAACAUCUCACAGACGAAUUGCACGUUUUACUCACAGUCGAGGACACUGAGAAUCGCGCUACAUUAAAGCUCGCUCGUGCCGUCGAGGAAGUCAAGAAACUUCUUGUGCCCGUGCAGGCUGAUGGUGAGGACGAACUGAAGAAGCGGCAGCUUAUGGAGCUUGCCAUUAUAAACGGUACCUACAGAGACUCAAACACUAAAGUUGCUGCUGCAGCAGCGUUCGACAUUGCAGCCUGCGAUGAGGAAUGGAGGCGUGUAGCAGCAGCAGCAGCUGAGACCCAGCGUCUGCUCCCAGGUCUCGGUACGCAGAUGAGAACUCAGAAUGCACCCCUUGGUGCACCACUGAUACUCUCGCCAAGGAUAUCCGUUCCAACAACAGCAGCCUCUCUGCUGAAUGGCUCAGGCCCACCAGGCUCAUUGCUGUCAGCUGGUGAUCCACAUGGUCUCAUCUACACCCCAUAUGCAGACUACGCAAACUACGCAGCACUUGCAGCAUCACCACUUCUCACCGAGUACGCUGACCAUUCUGGUGCAGCAGCUGCUGCGAAACAGCGUAGGCAUCUGGGUCAGAUUCGCGAGCACCCUUAUCAAAGGGCUGGCGCUCUCUCGUGAAUACAGAGAUAACACAGUCGCGCCUUAAUGCGGGAAAGGCUUGGAGUGCUAACAAUGGAAUCCACUGGUCCCGUGCUAACACCUGGAAACUGUGGAUUAUCAAUCAGCGAUCCGCGUGUAUGAAUUUGAGUGAAAUUCACUCAGAAAGUCGCAGAGCCGAGAGCCUUCGCCGUAAGCGCGUCACCAGCCCUAUGUGUACGUCUCAAGCUUAUCCAUUCUCUGUAUUCCCAACGAAGACAGUUUAACUUUAACACGAUCAUUAUUAUCAUCCCUUCAUUGCGCUUGCCUUUCGGUAAGACAUAGUACUUAUUACUGAUGUGACAGCAACAAUUAAAUUCACCGUCACAUUUCACCGUUGAAUAAGUGUAGAAAUUUCGAUAUUGCUUACUAUUCUCUCUCAAGGGUGGGACAUUAAAUAUUUCACUAAUGUGUCAUUGAGUGGGUGAGCAAGUCAAGGUCAAGGUGGUCGGGCGUGCUAAUUACCUAUUUUUGUUUAUUUCUAUUUCGUCAACUUCUACUUCGCACAGGGCAACAUUGUGUGUCACAGUCUUCCCAAUGCAUUUUUCCAAUUGAAGGAAUUUUUGUUGCUGCAUGAUUAAAUUAAACAUUACACGCGAGAAUAUAUUGUAAUUGAGUAGUAGAGUGGUAAGGUCAUGUGAGUUGAAGCCAUACAAAUUAUUUUAUAAAUUUGAUCUGAUAAAUCCUUGAUAAAUUUCAGGAGGAAAUAUAACGAGACCUUUUUUUUCUCGGAAAUUCACUGAGUCGUACGAAAGUUCUUUAGUAAAUUCACUUUAAAUCAUUGGUAUUCGGCUCGAAAUUACACUUAUUUCGCUUAAAUACUUCCGUAAUUAAUCAAUUUAUAUUUUGUCGUGUACCGAGAGUGGACUAUGCAAUUAGGUGAAACAUUUGAAGACACGUGCAAUAACCUAUCAGAGUUCUUCGGUACUAUAUAAUCGUCGAGCGUUAUUAUUACCUUGUUAUUAUUGUUUUCCAUAAUGAUUUUUCGUAGGAUUAAAACGUAGGUGAGAGAGAGAAUUACUUUAGAUGAAGGAAAAUUCAUACACUAUUGGAGAGAGUGAAUUAUGUUUUGUUGUAUUGUAAUGAACAAACUAGUUAUCAUCACAUUUUUUCGAUGAGGCUAUGCAACAGGAUUUAUUGAUUGUUAUCACUUGGAAGUUUUUUUUUCUUUUUUCAGAUAAUUUUUUGAGAAUUAUUAUUGUAAGUUAUAUAUGUUGUAUGUAGCUGUUGGAAAGAAGUUGCAGGAGUGAUUGUGUGAGAGAUUGGAUUUACUUAAUGUCGAAUUAACCUUAUAAUAAAAAGCAAAAAUAACGAAAAGAAAAAAAAAGGAUGAUAAUAAACUCUCGUUAAUUUUUGGAUCUGCCAUAUAUAUAUAAAUUUAAGAAUUUUUAGUGCUAUCAAUAUAGCUAACUAUCAUUUGUCUAUUUUAUUCAUUAAUCACAUGGAUCAUUGAUGAAUAAUCGAUGGUAGCUCGUCUUUCGUUGUAUAUAAAUGAUCCACAAAACAAUUGUCAGCGUUAUACUAGGAUAAAGAAUCAUGAGUAAUCUGCAAUCUACUUAAGUUUAUGACGAAUAUAUGAGUGAAUAAUAAUAGCGAGUUUAUUUUAUUAUGGUGUAGAUGAUGGAGAUUCGAUAGAUACCGUUAUGACACUGAUACUGUAAAAUUCAUGGAAUGUACUACGGAAAAUUUUUUGGGGGGAGGCAGCAUUGAUUUUAUGUAGAUAUUACGUACUCUGAGAUUCUAUUUACAUAACAAUCAUUAAUUAUUAUAACCAUUAAAUGUCUCAUUUUUAUGUCAAGGGCAUAAAGUCCCAUAUAUCGCAGGAUUAGAUGCCAAGAGAUCUGCAAUGUUCAACCUUGAUCCAAGAUCUGAUUAAGUGAAAAUCGUUAAUAGAAAUGAAUAUAUAUGCAGAUGGUUUCUACAUAGAUCUAUUAGAAUUAAUUAAUUAUUAUGAUUAAUAUGAGAGAUAAUCGUGGCAGAUGAAUUGACUAAUGAAAAUAAAAAUUCAAUUACAUUUUACCGAACUCAACGAUAUCAUGUGAAUCGACGAUUUGAAAAGCUUUAUUUAUGCCAAACCAAAUAGAUUCUGGAAAUUUGAUAAUCAUUUUCAUAUCAAUUAUGGAAAAUUUAGGGUGGAAAUUUUGUGUAUCGACUGCUUGGAAAGAUUGUAUUCAGUUUACAAUACAUUGGACAAGCAUGUAUUACAGAGAUAAAUUUAUCGUCGAAAGCCAAAAGUUUGCAAACACUAUUGAUGAAUUUUUGUCCAUCAGAUAAAGCAAUAGAGACAUAUUUUUAAUACACGUACAGUUGGAUUGAAAUCAACAUGUAUAGAUUAAAUAAAUUGGAUAAAUGAACAAUUAUAAAA